AUGUCAGAUUCUCGGGGCGAAGACGAGCGGGACGGUUCGCCUGAGGCUCCCGCCGCGCCAAAGGUGCCGUCUCGCAGCCGGUGCCCUCUCUGCGGGGAGCUGUUCUUGGAGCCCCGGAUCCUGCCCUGCCUGCACACUUUUUGCACCGCGUGCCUGGGGCGGCUGGAGCCCUUCUCCGACCUGGCCUGGCACCGCGAAGACUCCGACUCCAGCUCGGAUGGGUCGUGGCUCUGGGGCCAGCAGCAGAACCACCUGUCGCCGCCGGCGCUCAGCAUCCUCUGCCCGGUCUGCGAUGCCGAAGUCGAUUUGCCGCCGGGCGGGGUGGAAGGCUUGCCCACGGACCACUUGGCCCUGAACGGGGUGCUGCUGGAGGCCUUGCAGGGGGCGGGCCUGGGCGUUGCCUGCGACCUCUGCGUCGACGGGGAGGCCGUCAAGCGGUGCCAAGCCUGCCGGGUGUGCCUCUGCCAGUUCUGCUGCCAGGCUCACAAGAGGCAGAAGAAGACCGCUUCUCACGCCAUCGUGGAGCUGCAGGAUUUGAAGGGCUUCACCCGCCUGGAGAAGCCCAUCCAGUGCCCUUCCCACCCUUCCGAGGAGCUGAAGCUUUUUUGUGAGCGAUGCGACUCGCCCGUCUGCCAGGAGUGCGUGGUCGGGGCCCACCGGCAGCAUCCGUGCAACCUGGCCGCCAACGUCGUCCACAAGCACGGGGACUCAAUCCGGGAGCUCUUGAAGGCCACCCAGGGGCACGCAGGAGCCCUGCGGGGGGCCCUGAGCCGCAUCGAAGGGGUCUGGGAGAGCCUCGGUCGCCGAGCGGAAGCCGUGGCUCUGGAGAUCCGCGCUUUCGCCGACGGGUAUGCGAGGGCCGUCGAAGAGCACCGGGAUAGACUGCUGCGGUCGCUGGAAGAGCUGAAGGUCCAGCGGGAGACCCAACUGCAUUUGCAGAAAGCCCAGUUGGAACAGCUGCUCCUGGAUAUGCAGACCGGAGUGGACUUCACCCAGCGUCUGCUCGCCGGCGGCUCGGACCUCGAGAUCCUUCUUACCAAAGGAGUGGUGGAGAACCGGCUGCGGAGGCUCAAUAGCGUGGACUUCCACCCCCACCCGGUUUCCGACGACAAGAUCCAGUUCUCUCCUCACGAGAAGGCGGGCCUGGUUCACGGCUACGAGAUGUUUGGGGCCGUUCUCAACCGAGCUGCUGACCCGACCAAGUGUGUCUUGCAAGGGAAAGAUGUUGGCGGCACCCGUCAGAGUGAGCCGGUCGCCUUAACCCUUCUGUGUAAGGAUGGGUCAGGCGAACAGCUGGAGAGAGGAGGAGAGCCAGUCCGAGUGACCGUUUCCCACAAAGACGGAAAAGACGGUGUGGCCAAGGCUGUCGUGCGUGACAACCAAGAUGGGACAUACCACAUUUCUUACACCCCCGAGGAGCCAGGCAAAUACACCAUCAGCAUCUUUGUCAGAGGGCAACACGUGCAGGGAUCCCCGUUCACCAUGGCGGUGAAGAGCAAGUUCCGUCAACACCUCGGCCUUUUCCACUGCUGCACAUUCUGCUCCAGCGGCGGGAAAAAAGCGGCACGGUGCGCUUGCGGGGGGACCAUGCCUGGAGGCUACCAAGGCUGCGGUCACGGGCAUAAAGGCCACCCGGGCUCUCCCCACUGGUCGUGCUGCGGCAACGUAGAGGAAGCGUCCGAGUGCUCCAUCAAACCGGCCCGCGAGGAUCCCUUGCAGCGGAGCCUCCUCAGAACGGUGGUGCUGUGA